AUGGGCGCAUGUGGAUCGUGUCUUCGAUUGAUGCUCGAUGCUGAAUCGGAUGUUAAAAUACAUGUCAUUGAACCGACCUCGAUAGCCCAACCUGAGCAAUCUGUAGUGAUAACUCGACCGCCAACGGCUCACGGGCCAACGUUACAGGUCCCCUCAGGAUCACGGAAAGCCCAAAUGAAUCAUUUGACAGUUGGUGGGGAAGGGAAUCCG